AAGCACCAAGAAGUAAUCUUAAAUCCUUUGUUGUCACCCCAACUCCUCUAAGAACUACACUAGUACCUACCUCACAAUGGCAAUUGCAGCCAUCUCUCUUCUUUUCUUUCUUCUUAAUCUAUGCCUCCAAGGUACUUUUGGUGACUAUGGAGGAGGAUGGCAAAGUGGUCAUGCCACAUUUUAUGGUGGGGGAGAUGCAUCGGGCACAAUGGGAGGGGCUUGUGGUUAUGGUAACUUGUAUAGCCAAGGCUAUGGUACUAACACUGCAGCACUUAGCACUGCUCUAUUCAACAAUGGUUUAAGUUGUGGGUCUUGCUAUGAGAUGAAAUGUGACACUGACCCCAAAUGGUGCCUCCCCGGUAGCAUAAUCGUUACUGCCACAAACUUUUGCCCACCUAACUAUGCAUUGUCUAAUUCCAAUGGUGGCUGGUGCAACCCUCCUUUGCAACACUUUGAUCUUGCUGAGCCUGCUUUCUUGCAAAUUGCUCAAUACAAAGCUGGAAUUGUUCCUGUUUCCUUCAGAAGAGUCUCAUGUGCAAAGAAAGGAGGAAUCAGGUUCACAAUCAAUGGCCACUCUUACUUUAACUUGGUUCUGAUCACAAAUGUUGGUGGAGCUGGAGAUAUUCAUUCUGUGUCCAUCAAAGGGUCUAGAACUGGGUGGCAAACCAUGUCUAGAAACUGGGGGCAGAAUUGGCAAAGCAAUUCAUACCUCAAUGGUCAAAGCCUCUCUUUUCAGGUCACUACCAGUGAUGGCAGGACUAUCACUAGCAACAACGUUGUACCUGCAAACUGGCAAUUUGGACAGACUUAUGAGGGGUCACAAUUUUAGAAACACAAGUUUCCAUUGAAGUUGAAAUUUGUGUUUGUAUUAUAUUGCGUUGUAAUUCGCUUGCUUUGUGAAAGGUGUGGGGGAAAGAAAAGGUAGAUUAGGAGGAGUUCUAAUGCUGUGGUGGCUAUACGGCACCCGCUAGGCUUAAUAUGAUAUAUAGUCGUUUUAUUUUCCAAGAUAUAUCAUUGAUCAACGCCUUUUGUGAUGAUGAUCUCAAUAGCCUUGUAUAUUU